CGGCCGCUGCCCGCUGGCGCGUCCCCCAGGUGCAGGCCCGGCGCGACCGCUGCCCCCAGGCCUGCCAAGAUGCCCAUCGUGGUGGAGGACAUCAUGAAGCUGCUAUGCUCUGUGUCCGAGAAGAGGAAGAUGCGGGCGGCCGUCAAGCACUCGGGCAGGGGCGCCCUGGUCACAGGGGCUGUGGCCUUCGUCGGUGGCUUGGUUGGUGGCCCCCCGGGACUUGCCGUGGGGGGGGCUGUUGGGGGUCUUUUAGGGGCCUGGAUGACGAGUGGACAGUUCAAGCCAAUUCCUCAGAUCAUAAUGGAGCUGCCGCCCUCUGAGCAGCAGAAGCUGGUUAACGAGGCCACGGCAAUCGUCAGGCACCUGGACUGGACAGACGCCGUGCAGCUGACCACGCUGGUCAUGAGUAGUGAGAUGCUGCAGCAGCAGCUGCUGGCCAUGCUGGCGAGCUACGUCACCAAGGAGCUGCGGGCGGAAGUUCAGUACGAUGACUAGGCCGCUCCUGCUGGACGACCCUCCCAACUCACAGGAAGGUGAAUGGGCAGCUGGUGCCACCAGGGUAUGAACUUAAACUUGAAUAUCAUCUGCUAAAGAGGCGAUUGCUGUGCUGGAUCAUGUUUGGAAAUUAUUCAUGAAGACGCAGUUGCUGGUUGUGUGUACUGAUGUGAACCAGAAGCCUGUGACUGGCGCUAUGGAGAGCAGCCACUGGCUGCCACAGACAUUGGUGGGUUUCCAAGCCACUCCGGCUCCAACAGGAGUGUGGAGGAAGGUCACGGACUUCUCACCUUUUGAGGGUGACUAUCCCAAGCAUCUGUUGAUCAACUGGUCCCAGGUUCCCUGGGAUCUCAGGACAUGGGAGCCAGCUGAUCCUGGAAUCACCUUUACAUCGUGACUACACCCCUUUCUCACCCUGAGACUUCUGAGUGGCCUCCUGGGGGGACCAUCCUGUGUGCUGGCCCCUUGUCCCACCAGCUGCAUACCUGAGCUGGUUCCCCCCAGGGGUUUACUCUCCCCACGUGAAGCUAUGCUGUUUAAAUCAAAAACUUUCAGUAAAAAAUGUUUGCUCUUUUUGAAGUUACGAUCAUACGCUAUCUCUAAGCAAUGUUUACAGCUAAAGUUCCCUCUUGUGCUUCCAGAACAACAACUUGAGUAAGUGUCAGCAAAUUGCAAUAAAGUUUCUGGACCGGCCUUUCCCGUGGGUUUUGUGUGAAGCUUCUCUGGCCUGCAGAGUCCUGCACACGCCUCUGGGGGCAGGUUCUGGGGCAGAGGCUUAAUGAUGCCAGUGGAAGAGAGACCCGAUGCCAGUGCCUGAGACUGGCCUGUGCUGCCGGUGCCCUGGGCACUCUCCCUGCCUCAGCAGUGUGGGAACUUGGGGCUCUCUCUGGGGCUCCUACCAGUAUGGCCCCUGGGGUGCUCAGAGGGAGGCUUUCCUGCCUAGGAGAGUACUGUUCUGACUCUUCUCUGUGUGUCAAGAAAGCUUUGGGCUGAGCAAUCCCCCUGCCCACCUGUGGCUAUGCAGGUCCUUCUUUUUACCAACUCUCCACUGCAGAGCAGCAGCCUCCUGCCUGCCUGUCCCAUGCCGGGGCUUCUCUUCACUGACCUCCCUCAGCAGAGGCAGCUCUCCUCAAGGCCGCCCGCCUGCGACCAUGCAGGCCUCUCUCAGCAAACCUGUCCCUUUCGGGGCAGCUCUUCCUGCCCGCUUGUGUCUCUGCAAGUGUCUUUUACUCUUUUGUCCCUUUCCCUAAUAAACCUGCUCUUUAAAUAUAUAAAGAAAGCUUGGGCUGGAUUCAACCCUGGAUGGCCUCAGGAUGGAGCCAUGUCUCUUCAGCUGGUCGCAGAUGGCACUGGGCACCGUGGCAGUUGGGCCAUUUAUGUGCUGCUUGAGUUGAUGGCACCAGGCGUGGGAUGGACAGUCUGAGUCUGGCCCUCCUUGUUGAACUAAGAUCCAUGAUCAGGAUGUGCCUUCCCCCAUUUUAAAAAUAGCUUUAGUGGGGUCUAGACUUGCUCUCUUUUUAGCUUAAAGGUAAAGAAACAUUUAUUUGUGGAUGGCAUUAAGAUGAAGCCAGAAUAAAGAUUUUGGUUUAGUGCUUCAAGGGGAUGCUUUUUUCAUGUUGAACAAUGCCGAAUUCUAAAGUUCCUAUAAUGGAUCCUGGGAAAAUCAGGGAUGUAACAGCUCCCUUUGUUAGAUCACCGGCCCCUCCCUGUCAUUCCUGUGGGCUGAGUCCCACUCUGCUGGCCCCAGGGGACUCAGGGGGCCCUAGCCCGGUCCUGCGCCAGUGUCCACCGAAGCCCUGCCCUACCCCUGAGAAAAUACGCCAAGAGGAGACUCCUGACUGGGUUCGUGGGGGUGGAGCAUGUUGUCAGUGACACUGGCGCUGCUGGCCAGGGCUGGGCGACUUGCAGAGGGCAGGGCUGACCUGAGGCCUGUCGUCUCCAGCUGCUGAAAUCUCUUCCGUGCUUCCCCCUCACUCCUCUCGCUGCUAUGCUUUAGUGUUUGUGUUUCUGUAUCUUCCUUGUGAAAAUCUUCAUUUAUGUAUUUUGAGAAUGUAAUACCAGGCUGGUAUAAAACUUAGGCGACACCAGAGGCAUUAGGGGAUCCUAUGCUGACCUCGCCGCCCCCUCCUUACAUACAGCCCCUCUCCCCGAUGCCUUGUGUUCUCCUUUAACUCUGUGCCUUUAAAUAUCCUUGAAAAUGAUCCAUUUCCUUUUAUUUGCUGAAAAUCUAGACAAAUCUAGAAAGGUAUAAUGAAAAACACUGCAAAUCUCACCACCCAGAAAACCAUGUCAACAACGUGGGUAUGUUUCCUGCCAUCCUUGUAAUGACACGUAUGUGUGUUUUAAUGCACUUGCUUUCUAACUGUUUAGAUGUCUUUGAACACUUACACUUAACGCUAAAUAUUUGUGAUGUCGUUAUAAACAUGUGUGAUGGCUGCAUAAUAUUCUGCAACACUUGAUAUUUCCUAUUACAAUGUUGCACUGAAUAUUUUUGUGUUAAUAUUCCAUUCAUAUUAGACUCCUCAAAGGAAAAUUCCCGGAUUAAAAAUUAUGCGGUUUUUUUUAAGCUGUUGUUAUAUUUAGUCAAAGUUCUUUCCAGAGUGGAAGUAUCAUUAAUUUGCUCUCUCAGCAACAGGGCUUGGGAUGCCAUUUCAUUGCAUCCUCACCAAGAAAUAGGGUGAUGGGCUGUUCCUAGUGUCCUGGUUGGAUUUGUUUUUUGUGGUUUUGAGUGGGUGACCGAGUGGGGGUUACUUGGUGGCUACCUGCCCACACAAUGCUGAGAGACCCUGGCCCAGGCCAGCAGAGGGUGAGAGGCCCAGGCCUGAAUAGGGGGCUUUCAGCCAGCCAGCCCCCCCUGCAGCUGACUGGGCCAUGGCAGCACCCAGGAAAAAGUGCCAAAGGGGUGAGGGGCAAUUGAGGAGGAAACCUCGGUGGGGGGAAUCCAGUAAUUAUAAAAAGAAACCAUCUGCUUUAGGCUGGUUAUUAACCUGCUUUGGGUGUUGACAUGGUGUGCUGAGUGAGAUUUUUUUCACAGGCAGAUGGUGUAUUUUUAGUUAGAAUGAACUUUUUAAUUUUUUCUGUUUUGUGUGUGUGUGUGUGUGUUUUGAAAUGUUUACCUUGGAAAUAAAUACGACUGGAGACUAGAGUGCCUUGCCAUGCAGGAAGCUGGGGAGACUGGGGCCCUGGGUUUGGAAAGAAGCGUCCUGUCCCCAUUAGUUAUUGAGAGGUGCCAUCUAGUGGGCAACCAGGAGCAUCUGUUCUUGUCCACCACCCCUCGGAGCCUGGCUACCUUGUCUUGUGAAUCAGGAGCCAGGCCCGGAUGAGGUCCACGAUGAUGCAGUUGUAGAGGGAGAGGCCUGGGGCUUUCCUGAGGCUUUAAUAAGCCACAAAUAGCAAAUCGGCCAUGUAUCCUGCAACAUUUUUGCAUAUAAAGCAGAACGUCUCAAUCCUGAACAAUCAACAGAUGGCAUUUAAGAAAUGCCAGGAUCCAUCAAAACUGCACAGGGAAAGGGGACUUGUGAUGUGUUCUCAGCUGCUGGGAGGAUGAGGAUGUCUUUAUUAGGUGGAGGGGGCUUCUGAGACCAUUAUGAUAACUGGGGAUCAGGAGGCAGUACCACUGCGGGGACCCCCAAGUCCUGGCAAAUGGAGGGAGUUGAAAGGCGUUUUCCUAUACUUUUGAGGUAUGGCUAUUCAGUUUUUGUGGGUUUUAAGGGAAGGACUUUACUCGUUAUCAUUAGCUUAAGUGCAUGCAAGGAGAUAUCUGUGAUAUACCAAUUAGUAAAAAUAAUUGCAAAUGAUCAAACCCAGAGCUGGUAGGACUGCGGGGAAGCAAAGGACACGGACAUAUACCCAGCUCUGGAGAAAAUGCAGUGAUGGUCUUUUGGGAGAGUGAUUUAAAGAGAAAAAAAUCAUAGGAACCAUAAAAUUGUAUAUACUUUCCAGCCAACAAAUUUCACUUCAGGGAAAACAUACCAAUAAAAUAAUUCAAAUGGAAAGAAAAUAUUAAUAGUACUGCUGUUUAUAAUAGCAGGAAAAAAAGGCAAGCAGUUCCAGUGUUGGACAAUAGGGAAAUAGUUAAACUACGUGUGUGGACAAUAUCUCUGAAUACUAAUAACCAACUGGAAUAAGUAGCGAAUGGGGAUGGGCUUAUGGAAUUCAGUGGAAUUGCUCCACAUGCAUUAGUCACCUUACAGCAACUUCAUACUAUGUGUUUUGGGGGAAAUAAAGAGACAGAUGAAAUGUGAUGGGUGCUUAUGACCCCCUGCUCUCCUGCGUGAUGGGCUUGGCUCAGAGGAAGUGGCAAAGGUGGACAGACCUCUCCACGCCGCAAAGUCAUCUCACACCCAGGGGGUGCUAGUGUUUAAAAAUAUUAAUUAUCUAUGUGUUCCUAAAGCUAACGAGAAUCAGACCGGUCCCCAACCAGUGACUGUUCCUGCCAGCUGACUCCAGGCAGUGUCCUCGGGAGCAACGCUGAGGCUGGCCCCGCUGCGGGGUGAACCAAAUCUAGACCCCGGUUGUGCAGCCCGUGUACCCAUGAGAGCCUUAGCCCAUGUGCACGAGUCCACGGGCUGGGACAGGAGGGCCGCCAUGCCUUCUUGCUGUCCUGCAGAAAUAAGACACCUCACAAAUUUAGAUUUUCUAAUAACCACAUUUAAAAAAAGAAGAAACCGGUGAUAUUAAUUAAUUAAUUAAUUAAAAAAAUUUUUUAAUAGAGGCAUGUUUUAUUUAUUUAUUUGUUUGUUUGUUUUGUUUAUACAAGCACUGGGUACAGUCAGAAGCGCGGGAGGGUGAGAGAAUUCACCAGAGCCAGAGCAGGGAGCAGAGCAGGCA